AUGUUGGUCGAUGUGACUGUGGUUGGGCCGGCGGUGACGAUAAGUUGCAGAAAUAAGACAACAAAUAAGAUUGUGAGUGAUGAGGGUGAAGCGCAAACGAUACAUCCAAAUAAAGAACAACUCUCGAGAAGACACGCUAUUGUGCCGGAUCAGCCAGAAGAACAACAAUCAUCAAGCGAUGGCUGUUGUUCAACAGAUAAUGUGAUUAUUGUUCCCCAUGUGAAGAUCUCAACAAAUGAAUCACAUCUUUACAAUCGAGCGAUUAGUUCGGGAGGAGGAAUGCUUGCUGAUCUUCAACGAGCAACGAUUGCAGCGCAGGCAUUCUAUGCGGAAAACAGUAAUGAGAAUCCGAAAACGAGAUCACCGUGGAUUCUCAAGAGACUUUACGAAUGGUCGCAUCGGGCUAAGAGACGUGAAAUUAUUAAACACGUGCAAGCUGCUCUUGAAACAAGUGUCGAUCAUGAGUUUGAAGAUGAGCAACUCGAGAAAUUAAUGCCAAUCACUUGGGAGGAAAUGUUUGAAAGAACCGAGGGAAUCUUGCUAAAACGACAGAAAUAUCUGCAAGCUGUUUGGGAACUCUUUCAUUCGGAAUUGAAGUUUUUACAUCGACAAUUGCUAGUGUUACGUCAUGUCUACAAGGAACCGCUGAAGAAGUGCCAAGUUGAGGGUUGUCUUCUCACUGUUGAACCUGAUUUGUUGUUUGGAAAUCUGGAUCAAUUAUGUCGAAUCUCUCGUGGCUUUUGUCAGACUUUCCUUUCACUUCUUCAUACAUCACCUCCCGAUACCGAUUUCGAUUGCACUGAGCUCGUUGUGCAGCUCUUUGAAAAAUUCUCGAAAGGUCCAUCAACAAUCUCAGCUUAUCAAGCUUACUGUAUCAAUUAUCGAGCUACCAUGGAAUAUUUGCAGACAAUUCGACAAAAGGAGGAAAGAUUUGCGGAAUUUGAGAGGAUUUGUCUCUCCGACGAGCGUUGUUUCCGUCUUCAAUUAGAAGAUCUUCUCAUCGCUCCUUUACAAAGAAUCACCCGUUUACCCAUCUUGCUAAAGGAAAUUUUCCGUCAUACUGAGGGCGUGCCACAGAGAGAACGAUUGGAGAAAGUGAUCGAGGGAAUGAAUGAGAAUUUGCGCUCCAUCGAUGACUCGGUGCAAUGGUUGCACAAUUUUGAGCGACUUCAACAACUGCAGACACAGGUUGUUUGGCCAUCGAUUAUGGAGCUUGAGCCGCGGACUUUUGUGCCUGAUUUCCUCAAAGUGGCGCUGGGUCGACAAUUUUGUGAGAACCUACUUGCACAUCCGAGACGAAAAUUAAUCCACGAAGGACCAUUGGAACUUGUCGAAAACGGACGAACUGUGGAUGUUUACGCUUUUUUAUUCAACGAUAUGUUUUUAUUGACAAAGACUAAACGAUGCGCGAGUAAGAUCAAAGUGAAAGGAACAUCAAUUGGAAAAAGUGAGCACUACGUUGUACAGAAACAACCAGUUCCUCUCGACUCCUGUGUCUUUUGUGAUGCUGAUUCGAAUGAAGCUGCAUCAUCAAUGUCCGCUCUUCGUUAUGCUUUUGUGAUCAUUCAUUUGACGAGAUAUUAUCAAGUGGUUUCCAUUUGUACUCUGCAGGCUCUGGAUAAGCAUGACAAGGAACGGUGGAUCGAGAAAUUCCAAGAAUCGAUUGAGAACUAUGAGUCGAUUCAAUUAAAGGACAUGCUUAAGUGCACUCCAUUGUUCUCGUCACUCUCAUUGAGGAGAUGUUCGAGCUCUCGACUUAUUCGCAAAGAUCAACGAGAAAUGUCAAAUGAUGAAAAAAAGAAAGAAAUAAAUGAAUGUUGUGAAAAGAUU